UCAUUUUAAGUCAGUGCUUCGCCGAGACAUGCAGAGCUUUUGGGUCAUCCUGGUCACCCUGGUCGUGCUGACCUCAGCGCGACCUGACACGAUACUCGAUUUCGAUGGCGACGAUCACCACCACACUAUGCAAGGUCAGCCGGGGUCAGCGAUCACGGGCACUUAUGGGUGGACAUCCCCCGAAGGAAUCAACUUCCUGGUCCGGUACAUCGCGGACGAAAAGGGAUUCCGGAUCCUGGAAUCGAACGCCGUUCCAGUCAACGCCGACGGAAUUUUCGCCAACGGACAACAGGGGUCUCUGGAUUCUGACGACGACGACGUGACGCAGUGAGGGAAAUAAAUAUAAAAAAAAAGGAGAGUUUUUACGAGGAUUGAUUUUGGCGGACGUAAGAAUUUAAUGGUUGCAUGGUUCAAAAGGAGAGUUUUUACGACGAUUUAUAUUGGCGAACGUAAGAAUUUAAUGGUUGUAUGGGCUCAGAAGGAGAGGUUUUACGAUGAUUUAAUUUGGUAAACGAAAUAAUUUAAUGGUUGUAUGGCUCAGAGGGAGAGUUUUUACGGUUAUUUAUUUUGGUGAACGACAGAAUUUAAUGGUUGUAUGGUUUAAAAGGAGACUUUUACGAGGAUUUAUUUUGGCGACCGAAAUAGUUUAAUGAUGUAUGGCUCUGAAGAUUUCUUAACGAGAAUUGUUUUUGGAAUACGAAAUAAUUUAAUGAAUGUAAGGCUCCAUACAGAUUUGCUGUUCAUGGUACGCGUGGAAAUCGGUCACGUAGGCAAGAUAAAAUUACUUUAUUUUAGGCAUGUCUUCAAAGACGUUUGUGGGAGUGAGUUUAAUACGAAUGGGUUUGGAAGACAUUGAGAUAUAUAUUAUUCUAGUGAAAAUAAUAUUCAUUUCAUUUCGAAGUUUUCGCAAAAAUAAAUCAAUAAUACAUUUUUUUAAAUUUUAAGGAGGUGAUUUGUGAAUUCACAAUCUAAUGAUAAUGAACUACUAAAUGUUUGUCUUUGAAGAAGCAGGUACUUGGAAUGAAUUAAAGACGGUGAUUUUAACUUUCUCAGAUACUGAACGAAUUGAAGUUGCAAUAUGGCUUCCCAGAAGUAAUGCUGAAGUUAGGAUACUAAAUUCAACUUCAGAAAAAAAGAAGUGGCAAAGAAAACAGCCAUUUAACGAAAUACAGCAUUUUAUUUAUGGGAAAAGAGAUGAAUAUAAAAAAUUGAAAUAGAGGUGAUUAUGAAAAGAGUUGAAAGAGAGA